AUGCCUUUACAUAGCCCCUUGGGGUUGUCAGUGCGCUUAGCAUGGCGUACAAGCCGAUCCUGUCGCACGAGGCUGCUUCCACUUGGUGCCCACCCAGCGCCCAGUCUCGUUCAGCGGCGAAAUAAGUACAAUCAGCGAAGCCGACCGCUUCGUCCAUAUCAACCACCAUCAGCACUACCCGAACUGGGCCAGAACAACUUUCAAGGGGAGAUCAGCGGCGGCCCUCAGAAUGUGGAUUAUACGGUAUUGCCCAACGGCAGAGUUCGUUAUUUGCGCCCUGGGUUAUGGGCGUUGGCCGUUUCCACGGGCAUCGUCGUCGGUUGUGCUUACUUAGAGGCAAAGAAGCAAAUCAAAGAAGAGAAGAAGAAGAAGAACAACAGCUGGCCCCAGCUCCCUCAGAUACUACCGACGCCGCCACAGGGACCCCCAAGGUCUCUCGCAGAAGUGGCAACGAGGGUAUGGACCAAACAAAACGAAAUGAUGAAAGUGAGCGUGAGUCUCACAGGCGCCAACCUUUUAGUACAUGCAAGCCGUUUUGUCGUACCUCGGUUUUGGGAUACUCUGUGGCAUUUACCAGUGCGCAAUGUCAACUAUACCCAAUUCACAUGCAUCUUUGUUCAUUCGGGGGCAAUCCACCUUGGCUUCAAUGUGUUCGCCAUCAAUAAUUUUAUCGCGGCUGCAAACCACACGCCUGUGUUCGAAAGCAGUCCCCAUCAUAUAGUCUCGUUCUAUCUUGCAGCAGGUGUCCUAUCUACCUUUGUACAGCAUUUAGCUACACUCAUACCGCCGCCAGCUCACCGGAAGGCCGUGCCCGAAAUCUUCGUACGAUGUGGAGGUGCAAGUGGUGCACUGUUUGCGAUCUUCGGUCUGGUCUGCACGCAAUUCCCAACGGCGGGACUGAAGAUUUUGAUGUUACCUUUCAGGUUCGAGGCGCAGUACGUUCUGCCCGCUCUCAUCCUGUUCGACUUCGUUGGUAUGGUUCGGCCAUACAAAAUCAUAAAUAUAGGACAUGCGGCGCACCUGAGUGGUACCCUAAUCGGCGUUGCUUAUUCUUAUUUUGACGGAAAGAACAACCUGUGGAAUCCUUUAGUCCGCUGCUUCAAACGCCAAUUGCAAGAAAGCUCUUGA